GUAGUUUUGCACGGAGCUGGGAAAAACACAUGUGAGAUGUAGUUGAACAAACCCGUAGGGAUUGCCUCACCGGCUGUCUCGUUGAGUCCUGCUCACAUGUGAGCCCACGAAUGUCUCACGGCUGUGUUCUGAGGAGCUCCAGUGGCCCAUGAGUGUGACAUUAGUAACCCAGAGGGACAAAAAAAAAAGAAAAACGAAAACAAGAGCAGUUCAUCCGAACAAUAACCAGUGUCUGAAUAAUGAGCGAUAUAAGAGAGAAGAUGGCGGCCAUAACCCAGACGAUCUGCCCGAGAAGCCGAGUUCCAUCCGACGAGGACUUAAAGGCUUCAAAAGUGCAGAUGAAGAGAGAAAUCUCUCUGGUGAACGGGAUCUGUCUCAUCGUGGGCAACAUGAUCGGCUCCGGGAUCUUCGUCUCCCCGAAGGGAGUGCUCAUGCACAGCACCUCUUUCGGGCUCUCCUUGCUGAUCUGGGCUCUCGGGGGCAUCUUCUCGGUCUUUGGGGCCCUGUGCUACGCCGAGCUGGGCACCACCAUCACCAAGUCCGGAGCCAGCUACGCCUACAUCCUGGAGUCCUUCGGGGGCUUUCUGGCCUUCAUCCGCCUGUGGACGUCCAUCUUUUUGAUGGAGCCGGCCAGCCAGGCCAUCAUUUCGCUGACCUUCGCCAACUACCUGGUUGAGGCUUACUACCCCACCUGCAGCCCUCCCCAUAACGCUGUACGCCUCAUUGCAGCAGCCUGCCUCUGCAUGCUCAUCUUCAUUAACUGCGCCUGUGUGAAAUGGGGAACUCUGGUGCAGGACGUUUUCACUUAUACUAAGAUCUCAGCCCUGCUGCUCAUUAUAAUGGUUGGGAUCCUGAAAUUGUCUGCUGGAGAGACGAAGAACUUUGAAAGUCCAUUUGAGGGUUCCUCCACAGAUCCCGGAGCCAUCGCUCUGGCCCUUUACUCAGCUCUCUUCUCCUACUCUGGCUGGGACACGCUCAACUUUGUCACGGAGGAGAUUCAGAAUCCAGAGCGCAAUCUCCCCCUGGCAAUCGCCAUCUCCAUGCCAAUCGUGACCAUCAUUUACCUGCUGACCAACGUGGCCUACUACGUGGUUCUGGACAUGCCCUCCCUGCUGGCCAGCGACGCCGUCGCUGUGACUUUUGGGAACGAAGUUCUGGGACCAUUCAAAUGGAUCAUCCCGGUGUCAGUGGCCAUGUCCUGCUACGGGGGACUCAAUGCUUCCAUCAUUGCUGCUUCAAGGUUGUUCUUUGUGGGUGCUCGAGAGGGCCACCUCCCUGACACCCUGAGUCUGAUCCACCUGGAGCGCUACACACCCAUCCCUGCACUCCUGUUCAACGGCUUGAUGAGCCUCAUUUUUCUGUGCGUGAAGGAUGUGUUCCAGCUGAUCAACUAUUUUAGUUUCAGCUACUGGCUCUAUGUGGGCCUAUCUGUGGCCGGCCUCAUCUAUCUGCGCUUCACGCAGCCUGACAGACCCAGACCUCUGAAGCUGACCUUGUUCUUCCCGUUCAUCUACUGCCUGUGCAGCCUGUUCUUAGUCAUUGUCCCCCUGUACGGCGACACCAUCAACUCCCUGAUCGGCAUCGGCAUCGCCCUCUCAGGGGUGCCCGUUUAUUACGUAGCCAUCCACCUGCCUGAGGAAAGGAGGCCCAAAUUCUUGCGCACGCUAAACAUCUUUGCUACCAGGAACACCCAAAAGCUCCUUUACUGCUGCCUGGCGCAACCAGGCGGCAAAGGGCAGUGAGCUCGGGACAAACAGCAGCGUCGCGAGGCCGCCCACUUUUCAGGCGAAGGAGCUGACGUUUUGUCUGGCCGUGAGCAGAAAAACAACGCCCCGAAUGUGUCUGCGGACACAUGUCGCAUACCAGGUCAAGUUUAAAAAAAACCCUGCCAUAUCAGAUGACAGCUGAGGGCGCAGGCACUUGUGACUUGUGCAAGCAAUACACACUACUCACAAAAUGUUAGGAGGAUACGGACAGAGCCCUGCCAAGAAUAGCCAAAAUCUGCAAGGUAGUGAAGCCUAAAUCAGAAUGUUUGAAAUUGAAUUUAGAUGUGAAAAGAUGGUGGCAAAGCAUAUCUUUCGAUCAAAGGUGUGUCCUGACUCGAUGAAGCUCCUCCUCUCACUUGGCAUAUGUGCUUGGCACCAAGAUGCCAGAAGAUGGCACCAAAGACAUAUUUUUAUAUUUGACAUGGCUUUCGGAUGAGCACAAAAACUCAAAGAAGGAAAAGAUAGGUUCCCACAUGACAUCCACAAAAAGGCACAUUUGUAAAUGCCGAACUGGGAUAGCCAAAACUUCGCUCUGUUGGCUUUCUGGGUGAAUUUUCAUUAUGAACUGAAAAUGCACUGCAGCCUAAUUUCAUUUGGCUUCUGAACUUUUGAGGUCCAACUCUUUACUGUUUCAGUAUUUUUCACUGUUCUCUAACAAAGCGCUAAAUGGAAACAUCCGGGACAGAUACUUGAACCACAUUCUUUCAAAAGUUUGGAGGAGGUCAAAUUUAGUUCACUUGCUAAAUGUUAUAGCACGUUUUAGGUUCAUCUU